UGCCCGUUAGAUUCGGUGCGGCAGUGCAGUAUCGCGCUCGCGCUCGCUGAUGGUAUCGCGGCUCCGGUUCGACCCCACUCAUGCGCGGAUUUCCCGCUCGUCUCCACGCGCACACACACGGACCCGUGAACCGGAGAGUCGCGCGCGGACCGCGGACGGUCAUGCCGUGAUGGUGUCACGCGCACGGACGCGUCAGCCGUGUUUGUGAAGCCGGAGAUGAGGAUGAUGAUGAGGAUGAUGAUGAUGGUGGUGGUGGUGAGGAGCGGAGCUCUCCUCCGGUUACCGGGGCUCGUGAUCAGACUGACGGUGCUGAUGUUCGUCGCCGGUUCGAGCGGGAUGCCGCACGUGCUCAGAUUCGGUGGGAUUUUUGAGUCGAUAGAGAGCGGCCCGUCCGGACCAGAAGAACUGGCCUUUAAGUUUGCGCUGAACACCAUCAACAGGAACCGAACGCUUCUGCCAAACACCACGCUCACCUACGACAUUCAGAGAAUCAACGUCUUCGACAGCUUCGAGGCCUCCAGGAAAGCCUGCGAGCAGCUCUCCCUGGGCGUGGCAGCGAUCUUUGGCCCCUCCCACAGCUCAUCAGCCAAUGCGGUGCAGUCGAUCUCGAACGCUCUGGGCGUGCCGCACAUUCAGACGCGCUGGAAGCACCAGGUGUCGGAUAACAGGGACUCGUAUUACGUCAGUCUGUAUCCGGAUUUCUCCUCGCUCAGCCGGGCCAUACUGGACCUCGUGCACUUCUUCAGGUGGAGGACGGUCACGGUGGUCUACGACGACAGCACUGGUCUCAUCCGCCUGCAGGAGCUCAUUAAAGCUCCGUCCAGAUACAACAUCCGCCUGAAGAUCCGACAGCUCGCCGCCGACACCAAGGACGCCAAACCGCUGCUCAAAGAGAUGAAGAAAGCCAAGGAGUUCCACGUCAUCUUCGACUGCAGUCACGAGAUGGCUGCAUGGAUCCUCAAGCAGGCUCUUUCAAUGGGAAUGGUGACAGAAUACUAUCAUUACAUCUUUACAACUCUGGACCUGUUUGCUCUGGAUAUGGAGCCGUAUCGCUUCAGCGGAGUGAAUAUGACCGGUUUCCGCAUCCUGAACACGGAGAGCGCGCAGGUGUCGUCCAUCAUUGAGAAAUGGUCAAUGGAGCGACUGCAGGCGCCGCCCAAACCCGACUCAGGCCUGCUGGACGGAUUCAUGACGACGGACGCGGCGCUCAUGUAUGACGCGGUUCACGUGGUGGCGGUGGCCGUCCAGCAGUCGCCGCAGAUCACCGUCAGCUCACUGCAGUGCAACCGACACAAACCCUGGCGCUUUGGAGGACGAUUCAUCAGCCUCAUUAAAGAGGCAUCAUGGGACGGACUGACGGGUCGAAUCCUCUUCAACAAAACCAACGGCUUGAGGACAGACUUUGACCUGGACGUGAUCAGUCUCAAAGAGAAUGGACUUGAAAAGAUCGGGACGUGGGAUCCUCCCCGUGGACUCAACAUGAGUGAGAAUCACAAGAGUAAAAUCACCAACAUCACAGACUCACUGUCCAACAAAUCACUGCGCGUCUCCACCAUACUGGAGGAGCCGUACGUUAUGUUUAAGAAGUCUGAUAAACCGCUGUAUGGGAACGACCGGUUCGAGGGAUUCUGCGUGGAUCUGCUGCGGGAGCUUUCGGGAAUCCUGGGCUUCCGUUACGAGAUCCGGUUAGUGGAGGACGGCAAAUACGGGGCGUUUGAGGAGAGCACGGGCCAGUGGAACGGCAUGGUGCGCGAACUCAUGGACCAUAAAGCAGACCUGGCCGUGGCGCCGCUGACCAUCACGUACGUGCGAGAGAAGGUGAUUGACUUCUCCAAACCCUUCAUGACCCUGGGCAUCAGCAUCCUGUACCGCAAACCCAACGGCACCAACCCCGGCGUCUUCUCCUUCCUCAACCCUCUGUCCCCUGAUAUCUGGAUGUAUAUUCUGCUGGCUUGCUUGGGUGUCAGUUGUGUGCUGUUUGUCAUAGCCAGGUUCAGUCCCUACGAGUGGUACAACCCUCACCCCUGUAACCCUGACUCAGACGUGGUGGAGAAUAACUUCACGCUGCUCAACAGCUUCUGGUUUGGUGUCGGUGCUCUCAUGCGGCAAGGGUCGGAGCUGAUGCCGAAAGCUCUGUCCACCAGGAUCGUGGGAGGAAUCUGGUGGUUCUUCACCCUCAUCAUCAUCUCGUCCUACACCGCGAACCUGGCCGCCUUCCUGACGGUGGAGCGCAUGGAGUCGCCCAUCGACUCGGCCGACGAUCUGGCCAAACAAACCAAGAUCCUGUACGGCGUGGUGGAGGACGGCGCCACCAUGACCUUCUUUAAGAAAACCAAGAUCUCGACGUACGAUAAGAUGUGGGAGUUCAUGAACAGUCGGCGUCAGUCGGUGAUGGUGAAGAGCGUGGAGGAGGGCAUCCAUCGCGUGCUGACGUCCGACUACGCCUUCCUGAUGGAGUCCACCGCCAUCGAGUUCGUCACGCAGCGCAACUGCAACCUGACGCAGGUCGGCGGCCUGAUCGACUCCAAGGCGUACGGCGUGGGGACGCCCAUGGGCUCGCCGUAUCGGGACAAGAUCACCAUCGCCAUCCUGCAGCUGCAGGAGGAGGGGAAGCUGCACAUGAUGAAGGAGAAGUGGUGGAGGGGGAACGGCUGUCCGGAGGAGGAGAGCAAGGAGGCCAGCGCCCUCGGCGUGCAGAACAUCGGCGGCAUCUUCAUCGUCCUCGCCGCCGGCCUGGUGCUGUCCGUGUUCGUGGCCGUCGGCGAGGUGCUGUACAAAUCCAAACAGAACGCGCAGAUCGAGAAGCGUUCGUUCUGCAGCGCGAUGGUGGAGGAGCUCAGGGUGUCUCUGAAAUGCCAGCGGCGGCGGAAACAGAAAGCCCAGCCGCCCGCCAUCGUCAAAACGGAGGAGGUGAUUAACAUGCAUACCUUUAACGACAGGAGGCUCCCAGGCAAAGAGACCAUGGCGUGACGCCGAGGCCGGGACGCCUCUCCUGUGACUCUCGUCCAAAUGACGGACACGAAGAUGUUUCCUGUGGAAAUCCGGAUUCGUGAGCGCUUCAGAACCACGUCCCUCACAGAUGAGACGUCCGCCGAUCACUUCUGUUCUCAUUUCACGUUGCUUUUCUCUGUGAAAAUAGGUCAGUGUUUCAAACACGUCAGUUUUUCUCAUGUGCUGCCUUUAUUGCUGCCUUCAAGAGCACCUGCUAAACAAUACUCGUCAUACGUGCGCACGGUUUACUUUUUCUCAUUCAUUUUCUCCACAUUCACAAACCAAACCAGCCAGCAAACUCCAAUUUGAAAAUCUAACAAUAGAUUUAACAUCUUUUGAUGCUUCAUUUUUUCAUCCCAUCACAUCUUCUCAAUAAAAUAUAAAAAUAAUUCCAUUAAUUAAGAAGUUCUGGGAACAUCAGUUUUUGGCUCUAAAAACUAGACAUGACCAUUAUAGAACGUCCUGUAUUACUUUAUCGAACAGAAAACUCCCUGCAAUGUUCUGAGAACAUGUGUUACACAAAAUUGAAUCAAAAACUCACCCCAAAAACAACAAAACACGAACCAGUAUAAAUCUUAUGACUACAUCUAUGGAGAAGAUAUGUCCUAGCUAACAAUUCUUGGUUUCUAGAACAUUCUGAGAAUGUUAGUUUUUGGUUAUUAAAACUAAAAUAAACAUUAAAGAAUGUUCUGUGUAAGCUUUUAUUGGUUUUGUGAUAUUAAAAUCUCCCUGCAUUGUUCUGAGAACAAAAUAGAAACGUAAAAGUAUAAAAAAAACAAAACAAAGGGAGCCGGUAUGAAACUAAUGUUGACUUCUGUUGUCCCGGGUAACAACUUUUGGUUCCCAGAAUUAAAAAGAACUAAAAAAAAAAAAAAAGAACUAAAAAUAACUUUUAGAGAACAAUCUUUUGAGGUUGUUCUUAGUUUUUAGUCACAAAAAUCUGUUACACAAAACAGAAUCACGUCUUUGCAUCUAGAAACGUAAGACGCAGCACUCAAGAAUGAUUUUUAAAAAAAAGCGCAGCACUGAACCUCCUCUGUCAUGUUGACGUCAAAUUAAAUUUGUCAUGACAACUUGCUAUUGUAAACAAAAGCUGGCAACGCUUGCCCCGCCUCCGGGAUCUUCUGAUUGGUCCACCGUUUUGGAACUGACAUUGAUGAGUGCUGCUGGGUGUAAAAGUUGAGAUUCUUUUAACUUGACAAUUGACAAGGCAUCUUAAAAAUGCGGCGCUUGUGUGUGAGACGCUGCAAAAGAUGCAAGACAUACACGUCCCUCUAGCACAUUUACAUUAACAAAAUAAUAAUAA